AUUCAUAGCUAAAAUGGCGUCGACCUCCGCCGUCGAGACGUUGUCGGUAAGGAAGGAAUCUCCAAAUUGGCUGGACAUGCCUCACGAACUGAUGGCAGAUAUACUUCAAAGAUUGCGUACAGCGGAAAAACUCAGGAGCGCAGGGCAAGUAUGCAGAACGUGGCGAAGAAUUUGCAAGGAUCCGGCGAUGUGGAAGGUCAUCGAUAUUAACAAAUGGCAGGAUGGUUGUGAUACGAAUCAGAAUCUCGAGAUGCUGAUUAAGCAGGCAGUCGACCUCAGCUGUGGGGAACUGAUAGAUAUCAGUAUCGAGGGCUUUUGCACCGAUGAUCUCCUUCAUCACAUUGUGCUACGCUCAAGAAAGCUGAAGCGUCUUUCCCUUCGGUGCUGCUUUGAUAUGACGAGCAGUGGGCUGAGUAGGGGAGUCAAAAGGGUACCACAUGAGUUGGAGAAACUUCACAUUAAUUGUCCCUAUAUGCAAGCAAAAGACAUUGAAGUUAUUGGACGGAAUUGCUCUCAGCUCAAGUCCUUCAAAAUAUGUAUGAUAACCAGAAAGCCGUUCAUCAUAUAUACAUGUGAUGAUCAUGCUGUUGCCAUUGCAAACAACAUGCCCGAGUUACGCCAUUUACAGAUUUAUGGUGAUGAGAUGACAAAUGAUGGAUUGGAGGCCAUUCUUAACGGAUGCCCUCACCUUCAAUCCCUAGACAUUUAUAUGCGUUGUAGAUUUAAUCUUGAUGGAAAUUUAGUACAAAGGUGCGUGGAACGGAUCAAAGAUUUUAAGCACAGCUGAUCAACAUAAUACAAUGAUGACUCUGAUGAUUAUAUG